AAGGACUGAAAAUCAUAUCAGUGUGUGGUGACGAUGCUUAACGUGGCUUUAAUGGACUGCGUAUAUUUCGUUAUUUACGGUAAUGGUUUGACUUAGCCGACAGAGCUUGGACAGAGCUGGAAGAAGAUAAAAUGAUCCCAAGCUAGUCCAGGCGCGAAAGGAAUAGGGUUUGUUUAACCAUGCUAAAUCGUAGUGAAACCAUCCUCGCACGUAGCUCACGUUCUUUGCAGCGGCAAUGCAAAUAGUGUUAAACACGUGGUCAGAUUCCAUAUGGCGUAACAAUUUUUUUCGAGGAUUCCUGAAUCGUGAAACUGUGGCACACGCAAGGAUCUCAAAGUGACAGUAGUCUUCUUCUUCGAAGGGGUUGCCUAGCCUGAGCUAGGUUAUAGCUUUUGUAUGUAUUUGUUAUGCUAACGUUACAUUUUUCUUAAGCCCAGAUACCUUAUGGUUCUAAGGGUGAAAAGUCUGCGCCCUUGGCCAAAUUUGAAGAAACAAGGAUUUGCAUUUUCUCAGUUGUUGUGAAACAGACAGUGGAGAUCUGGAUGCGCAGUUCUGUCGAGAGGGACUAGGCGAGUAAAUACACUACGUCAGGAUAAAAUGACGAUGUCUGUCCCUGAGAGGAUUUCUGGGUCCGGGGGCAAGGAGGAGGAGAGCGAGGAUGAGAGUGAAAUCCUGGAGGAAAGCCCCUGUGGACGCUGGCAGAAGCGAAAGGAGCAGCUCAGCCAAGGAAAUGUGCCCGGGAUUGAGAGCGCCUCCCUGGCCAUGGACACAGAGGAGGGGGUGGAGGUGGUGUGGAAUGAGGUCCAGUUCUCCGAUAAGAAGGUCUUCAAGUCUCACGAGGACAGGAUCAGGGAGAUGUUUGAGAGCCUCAUGCAGGUGGAGCAUCCCAACAUUGUCAAGUUCCACAAAUACUGGCUGGACAUGAGGGAGAGUCGCGCACGGGUGAUAUUUAUCACAGAGUACAUGUCCUCAGGAAGCCUUAAACAGUUUUUGAAGAAAACCAAGAAAAACCACAAGACUAUGAAUGUGAAGGCCUGGAAGCGGUGGUGUACGCAGAUCCUCUCAGCAUUGAGUUAUUUGCACUCAUGUGAUCCUCCGAUUGUCCAUGGCAACUUGACUUGUGAUACCAUUUUCAUACAACACAACGGACUCAUAAAAAUUGGUUCAGUUUGGCACAGGCUGUUUGUCAAUGUGUUCCCAGAGGCGAUCCACGGGAACGUGCACCAGCAUCGAGACGAGCAGAUGAACCAGCACUUCUUUGCUCCCGAGUAUGGCCUUUCUGUGGAUGACUACUCCAUUGACAUAUACUCCUUUGGCAUAUGUGCCUUGGAGAUGGCCGUCUUGGAGAUUCAAGCCAAUGGGGACACUGCAGUGUCUAAAGAAGCCAUAGCUUAUGCUGGGGAGUCCCUGGAAGACCCUCUCAUGAGGGAGUUUAGUCAGUCUUGUGUGCAUGCUGAUCCUAAGAUGAGGCCUACUGCCCAUGACCUGCUGUUCCACAGGGUUCUGUUUGAAGUGCACUCCCUAAAACUGCUUGCAGCCCACUGCUUUAUUAACAAUCAAUACAUGCUUCCAGAGAACUGUGUGGAGGAAAAAACUAAAUCUUAUGAUCCAAAUGGUAUAAUGGCAGAAAUUUAUCAUGGUGAUCGCCCAGGAGUCCAGCUGAAGUACUCUCAUGUUUCCCCUCUGGAGCUCGACAAAUUCUUAGAGGAUGUCAAAAAUGGGAUCUAUCCUUUGAUGAACUUUGCGUCCCAGAGACCCCACCCCAUCCCCCGUGCCCUCUCCCUUUCUCAGGAGCACAUGGAGACGGUGAAGACGCCCACCCCGGAACCCCAGGAGACCGAAACCAGAAAGGUCGUUCAGAUGCACUGUAAUUUGGAAGCCAAUGAGGAGGGAACUAGAAGUCAUCUCUCUCUAUUUUUGAAGAUGGAUGACAAGCUUCAUCGCCAGCUCAGUUGUGAUGUUCUUCCCACGGACAAUCCAAGGGAUUUGGCCAGCGAGCUUGUUCAUCACGCAUUCAUUUGUGAGGAGGACUGUGAGAAGCUGGCCGGCUUCCUGGAGGAUGCGCUGGGUAAACACUGGGACAGCUCCUCUGCUGCUGCACCAGUGGUGGCCCUGAUCCACUGAGACACUGUCAGCAUGGGACCAUGGACGUGUAGUUUAUGGGAGAGAGAGAAUGAGGGGACUAUGUGUCAUUCCUACGUAAGGAGGAGACUGGGCAAGUCUCACAACUCCUGCACAGACAGCAAAGGCAUUCCAAAGAGGUCUUAUCGGACGCCUCAGGAAACUAACUGGCAGAGGACUACAUGAGGGAGGUCUGAGGACUGAGCCGCUAUCUCACCAUGCCACAGAGGCAAUAUUCCACAUGACUCCAUACAUUUCAUUGGUCCUGUUUUUUUUUUUUUUUUUUUUUUUUUUUAAUGGGUUUCAUGUGUUUUUGAAAACCGUCCAACUCUCUCUGAAUUCUCAUCUUUGGUUGCAUCCAUUUUAUCAUCCAGAUGGCCAAAGACAGGGAAACCGCUCUGCUCCAGUGACUGAAGGCACCGGAUGUUAGAGCAUCAGGAAGGCAGCGCAAGAACGCUUAAGGUCCAAUAAUAUGAAUGCUCACUAGUCCCAACAGAGCAGCUCUUUUUGCCAUCUUAAAAUGUCUGUUCUAUUGACAAGAUUUGAAUCUAUAUCAUUACUCGUAUUAAACAUGUUUUGUUUUUAAUGCAUUAUGUUUAAGGCUGGAUGGCUUUCAGCUCUCAACACUUUUGUCAUCCUGCCAUUGUUUUAGCAUCUCUGUUUAUGUACUUGUCUUGGUCAGGAAUUCUGUGGCAGUGCUGUCCUGUACACAAGUCCUAACUUCCCUCUAAACCUGAAUUAGACACUUAGCGUUAAAAUGCAGAUUGUUGUCCCUGUGUGUAAUUAGAUCAUAUAAUGCACUAAGUGCCUCAGUUAGACAGGAAUGUGUCAAAUCUGUAUUUGCCAAUCUUGCUGGCUUGUGGGUGCAGCACACAUAAUUAUCCAGCUUCCAGCUAUAUACAGUGAACAGUUUCCCAAACAGGUGUCCAUUACUGAGGGGUAAAAAGAAACUUUGUAAGUUUGUCUCUUCACUUUUACUUCUCUUGGAAUUAUCAUACAUCUCAUCCAUACACUAAAAUUGAAAAGAUACGGUCAAUUACCAGUAUAAACAGACAAUGUAAUGUACAAAGCUUGAAAGUUUGAGGAAACAAAAACGGAUCACUCAUCUGUGUUGAGAGAGAGAGAGAGACUAACUACAUGGCAUAACUACAUUCUAUUUUGUUAGCACAAAAAAAAAAAAUUACCCAGUUUACACUACCCUGACUGGUGCGUCUACAGUAUGUUAUGAAAGUAUUUCAUAAACUUCCCUGAAAUACUGUAAUACACCUACAUACAUUCACACAACCUUUGCUGCAGAAAGCCUUCCAGAGGUUGAUUUCCUGAAUCACUCUGUAGGCCUAGAGGUAUACAGUAUUUAAUGCAACUUGAAUACAAUAAUCUUUGUGUUUUUUUUUUCUUUUCUUUCCAGUUUCAGUGUCUCUGUACCAGUGUCAGCGAGACUGCAUGUUGAAUGAUGACUGCUAUAACACUUAUAUAAGACAUGAGUUGGCAUGGUGUGCAUGGCAUCUUUCAGCUCAUUUUCAAAUAACAUCUUGUUUGGAAGUCAACCAAAGCUGGGUUUAUUUUUUGAACGCAUUCAGCAGAGUAUUAUUUGAUAAAUGUUUGUAUCUCGCUAAGACAGAAUCAUGAAAAUAAAUUACAGUAAACGGGCAACUUGAAUGUGAAUAAUAACAGCAAUAGCCUUGAAUUCACAUGUGAUUGCCUCCAUGUCUACUCUAUCAAUAUCAAAAUGCCUGUAUGAAUGAAGCUGCCUAAGCUGUUAUAUAUUAAGAAAUGUGAACAAAACAUAAUAAACUGGCUGUGUGGAAGCCUUUUUCAUUACCAA